GUGUGUGUGUGAGUGUGUGUCGGAGAGAGAGCGAGAGAGAGUUUUUUUCAUUCUGCUCUUUCCUCCUGUUCCCUCUCUCUUUAGGCAAGCAGAGCGCAGUGGGACUGAGUGAGGAGGAGACGUGCGCACACCACAGCCACUCCACACAACCAAGGCAGGAGAAGAGUUUGCCAGGAGACAAUAAGAGCAAAAGAACCGUUUUUUGGGGGGGGAUAGGAAACUCCAAAAGAAAACUACAAGACGAAAACAAAAAACAAAAAAGGAAUUUGCCUUGCUCAACUCCUCAAAGGAAAUUAUAUUGUUUUAUUAUCUUGCCUGACAAUAUAGACUUUUUUUUUUUUAGUGGGACUUCUUAGGAGGUGGACAGGAAGAAAUAAGUCAGGCUGGGAUGGUGUUGACAAUGCCAGGCAAAAGGAUGUAUUUUGGCCCGCUGGAGCUGUGCGCGUGGGGCGUGAUGCUGUGCGCCUUGCUGCCGGCCAGCGCGGCCGCCUGCCCUGCCCUGUGUACCUGCAGCGGCACCACAGUCGACUGCCACGGACUGGGGCUCAGGACCAUGCCCAGGAAUAUCCCACGUAACACCGAGAGGCUUGAGCUGAAUGGAAACAAUCUCACACGCAUCACCAAGACUGACCUUGCCGGGCUCAAAUACAUCCGAGUUCUGCAACUGAUGGAGAAUCAGAUUACCGCCAUCGAGCGUGGGGCUUUUGAUGACAUGAAAGAGCUCGAGAGACUGCGCCUGAACCGUAAUCAAGUGCAGCAGCUUCCAGAGUUGCUCUUUCAGAAGAACCCUGGCCUGUCUCGUCUGGAUCUGAGCGAAAACCUUAUUCAGUCCAUCCCAAGAAAAGCUUUCCGAGGAGCUACAGACAUCAAAAACCUUCAGCUAGAUAAAAACCACAUCGGCUGCAUCGAGGACGGCGCCUUCAGAGCCUUGCGAAGCUUGGAAGUGCUAACCCUGAACAACAACAACAUCAGCAGCAUCCCCGUUUCCAGCUUUAACCACAUGCCCAAACUGCGAACCUUCCGUCUCCACUCCAAUAAUCUCAACUGUGACUGUCAUCUGGCCUGGCUUGCCCAGUGGCUCCGACAGCGGCCUACCAUUGGUCUGUUCACUCAGUGCACGGCACCGCCCGAGCUCAAAGGUCUCAAUGUGGCCGAGGUUCAGAAACACGAAUUCAGCUGUUCGGGCUACCAGGAUUCAUCCAGUCCACAACCCUGCAACACAGGGGGCGGAUCUUGUCCCGCUAUGUGUACGUGCAGCAACAAUAUUGUGGACUGCAGAGGGAAGGGUCUGACUGACAUCCCAGCCAACCUGCCGGACAGCAUGGCCGAAAUACGUCUGGAGCAGAAUGGGAUCAAGACAAUUCCUCCAGGAGCUUUCUCUCCCUACAAGAAACUGCGCAGGAUAGACCUGAGCAACAACCAGAUCUCGGAAAUCGCUCCAGACGCCUUCCAGGGUCUGCGCUCCCUCAACUCACUCGUGUUGUAUGGAAAUAAGAUCACCGACCUGCCCAAGGGUGUCUUUGAUGGCCUCUAUGCCCUGCAACUGCUUUUGCUGAACGCCAAUAAGAUUCACUGCAUCCGUGCCAACACCUUCCAGGACCUGCAGAACCUCUCGCUGCUGUCGCUCUAUGACAACAAGAUCCAAAUCUUGACCAAGGGCACCUUCGCGUCACUGCGAGCUAUACAAACCCUCCACCUGGCCCAGAAUCCAUUCAUCUGCGACUGUAACUUGAAGUGGCUGGCCGACUACCUGCGCUCCAACCCCAUCGAGACCAGCGGCGCCCGCUGCGCCAGCCCCCGUCGGCUGGCCAACAAACGCAUUGGACAAAUCAAAAGCAAGAAAUUCCGUUGCUCCGCCAAGGAGCAGUACUUCAUCCCAGGUGCCGAGGAUGCCCGACUGAAUAACGCCUGCAACAGCGAUCCGGUGUGUCCUCCCAAGUGCCGCUGCGAGUCUAAUGUGGUGGACUGCUCCAACCUGAAGCUCACCAAGAUCCCUGAGCACAUCCCGUCAUCCACCACUGAGCUGCGCCUCAACAACAAUGACAUCACCACUCUGGAGGCCACCGGCAUGUUCAAGAGCCUUACCCAGCUCAAGAAAAUCAACCUGAGCAAUAACAAAAUCACAGAGAUUGAAGACGGCGCUUUCGAAGGCGCCUCGUCCGUCAACGAGCUUCACCUCACAGCCAAUCAGAUUGACACGGUCCGGAGUGAGAUGUUCCGUGGCCUGGAAGGGCUGCGCAUGCUAAUGCUGAGGAACAACAAGAUCAGCUGUAUCCACAACGACAGUUUCACCGGCCUCCACAACGUGCGUCUGCUGUCUCUCUACGACAACCAGUUGACCACCAUCACGCCUGGAGCCUUCGAUACCCUGCAGACCCUCUCCACCCUGAACCUUCUGGCUAACUCCUUCAACUGCGACUGCCGGCUGUCUUGGCUGGGAGACUGGCUGAGGAGCAAGAAGAUCGUCACGGGGAACCCUCGCUGCCAGCGUCCGGCAUUCCUCAAGGAGAUCCCCUUGCAGGAUGUAGCGCUGCCCGAUUUCCGUUGCGAGGAAGGCCACGAAGACUCAAGCUGUGUGCCCAGACCUCAGUGCCCCAGCGAGUGCACAUGCCUGGAGACGGUGGUUCGCUGCAGUAACAAGCACCUCCGCACACUGCCUAAAGGAAUCCCCAGAAAUGUGACUGAACUGUAUCUGGAUGGAAACCAAUUCAGCGUGCUACCAAAGGAGCUGUCCUCCUUUAAGUUCCUUCAGCUGGUGGAUCUGAGCAACAACAAGAUCAGUUCUCUGACCAACUCUUCUUUCGCCAACAUGAGCCAACUCACCACCUUAAUCUUGAGCUACAACGCCUUACGCUGCAUUCCCAAAAUGGCCUUUAGUGGACUGCACUCCCUCCGGCUACUGUCUCUCCAUGGCAACGAAAUCUCCGAGCUUCCUGAUGGCAUCUUCAGUGACGUGUCCUCUCUUUCCCACUUAGCAAUCGGCGCCAAUCCACUAUACUGCGACUGCCGCCUGCGCUGGUUGUCGGACUGGGUCAAGACUGGAUACAAAGAGCCCGGCAUCGCCCGCUGCGCUGGUCCACGUGGUCUGGAGGGGAAACUUCUGCUCACCACACCAGCAAAGAAGUUUGAAUGCACGGGUGAGGUGGACACAACAGUGCUGGCCAAGUGUAACCCGUGUCUGUCCAGCCCAUGUCAAAACCAAGGCGUGUGUCAUAGCGACGCAGUCGACAUCUACAGGUGCAACUGUGCUCCGGGAUUCAAGGGCAAGAACUGCGAGACAGCUCUAAACGCAUGCGUGAACAACCCUUGUGCCAACGGAGGCCGAUGCCAAGUGGAUGAGGAAGUCGAGGGACAGUACAGCUGCACAUGUCCGCUGGGUUUCGAGGGCCCCACCUGCCAGACCAAUGUUGACGACUGCGAGGACAAUGACUGUGAGAACGGCGCCACCUGCAUGGACGGAGUCAACAACUACACUUGUUUUUGUCCACCCUACUACACAGGGGAGAUGUGUGAGGAAAUGGAGGACGUGUGCGCCCCAGGACGAAGCCCCUGCCAACAUCAGUCUACCUGCCUCAUCACUUCCUCCGGGCCCAAGUGCGUGUGCGCUCCUGGUUACGUGGGUGACGACUGCAGAGUGGACUACGACGAUUGCCAGGAGCAUCGCUGUCAGAAUGAAGCCCAGUGUGUGGACGAACUGAACGGAUACACCUGUCAGUGUGAGGAAGGCUACAGCGGUCAGCUGUGUGAGGUUCCUCCUUCGCCGUUAUCCCUGUGCGAGCUGGCCGACUGUCAGAACGACGCCCCCUGUGUGGAGCGGGGCGGCCGCGCCCUCUGCCAAUGCCCCCCGGAGUUUGGCGGACGGCGUUGCGAGAAACUAGUCAGCGUCAACUUUGUGGACAGAGACUCCUACCUGCUUCUCUCCGACCUCAAGAACUGGCCGCAGGCCAACAUCACUCUACAGGUUUCCACGGCAGAGGACAAUGGCAUCCUCUUGUACAACGGCGACAAUGAUCACAUUGCGGUGGAGCUGUACCAAGGUCACGUAAAGGUCAGCUAUGACCCUGGCAGCCAGCCCGGCCAUGCCAUCUACAGUGCCGAGACCAUCAACGACGGUCAGUUCCACACGGUGGAGCUGGUCACAUUGGACCAGAUGGUGAACCUGUCCAUUGACGGGGGCCUCCCCACCACCAUGGACAGCUUCGGGGCGGUGCGGCCCCUUAACGGAGAGGCUCCACUAUACGUGGGGGGGAUGCCGGUCGGCGUGCACCCAGGCGCCUUCCGUCUGUGGCAGAUCCAGAACAGCUCUAGUUUCCACGGCUGCAUCCAGAAUCUGUACAUCAACAACGAGUUACAAGACUUCACCAAGACCCAGAUGAAGCCCGGUGUGGUGCCGGGCUGCGAGCCCUGCAAGAAGAUUUACUGCGUGCACGGCAUCUGCCAGCCCGACGGCCUCCAGGGGCCCGUGUGCCACUGCCGGCCGGGCUGGGUUGGACCACAGUGCGACCUCCCGGCUGCCAACCCCUGUCAAGGCAGCAAAUGUGUCCACGGCCGGUGUAUCCCGCUGGACAGCGAGUCAUACCGCUGCGAAUGUAGCGAGGGCUACCGCGGUGCGUUGUGCAACCAACAAGGGGAACUGUUCAACCCCUGCCGCCGGCUUAACUGCAAACAUGGCCGCUGCCAGAUUUCCGAGACGGGAGACGCCUAUUGUCACUGCGAGAAUGGCUACACCGGGGAUCUCUGUGAUGCAGAGUCGGCGUGCCAGGGUGAGCCCAUGCGGGAUUUCUACCAGGUGCAGAGGGGCUACGCCAUCUGCCAGACGACACGCACCGUGUCCUGGGUGGAAUGCAGUGGCAUGUGCGAGACGGGAGCUUGCUGCGGCAGCCAGCGAAUGAAGCGUCGGAAAUACACCUUUGAGUGCAGCGACGGCAGCACCUUCAGCGAGGAGGUGGAGAAGAGCAUCAAGUGUGGCUGCGUGGGCUGUGCCGUCUAGACCGCAAUGGAAAUGAGAGAUUCUAAAGAGUAUAUAUAAAACCUCUAUCUAUAUAUUAUGGACUCUGAUGCUUGUAAAAUAGGACGUGCUUUGUGAGUUGCAGUAUCACAGAAUCUCAACUCAAAAGGCUCCAGAGAUUUUUUUUCCCCCCACAAACAGCAGUGAGGACAGUCUGUGGGGAGGAAUGAAAGGAGAGCUGGACUGUUGACCAAGCCGAGUACCACAUGAGAGGAAGUUGUUUGUCAACCACACACAUCCACGCACACGCGAAGAAGAUGUUCGAGUGGCACAUAAUCAAGUGCGGAUGCAGUGACUAACUGGGCUCCACAAGUCCCCCAGCAUGCAUUGGCCCCUCCCUCUAGCAGGGGCCUAUCUAGUGUCUCCUCUGCUUGACACCUGCAGUAUUAAAAACAAGAAGAGCAAAAACUUUGCUGAUAAAAAAACACAUAAAACUCUAUAAUUAAUUGAUUUGAUGUUUUUUUUCUGUUGAAUCAUCUUAAUUUCUCAUUUUUUUUGUUUGUUGUAUUUUAUUUCACCAUGUAACCUUCAAAAAAAGAAAUCUCCCCGUUUAUAUAGAAAAGCCUAACAGAUUCUAAUAUAUAUAUAUAUAAAUAUAUAUUUGUAUUUCUUUUGGGGUUUUUUGGUAUAGUAUUUUUCUAUGUUACGUGGAAGGUUGUUGGUAAAAGGCGCUGGCUUGGUCUUUUUACUUUAUAAAUAAUUUGCCCAACAUUUAAUGGCAAGUAGUAAUGGGCCACACACGCACACACACACAUUUAAAAAUACAAAAACUGAAUAUUUUAGGAAUGUUUAAUUUAGUAGUUCAAAUUAGACACAUUGCACAGGUUAAACAUAUGAAAAUAUUUUUCAAAAAACAAUUCUUACCUAAUUUCCAUAUUAAAAACGUUUUCGUUGUUGGUUACAUAAUACAAGAGAGUUUGUUGGAGUCAUCUGAAAUUUGGGUUUAUGUUAGCGGUAAGCCAUAAUCAUCCAAAUUUGAACGAAAUCAAAUCGUGAAAUAUUUUAUUGUGUGCAGUGAAUUGGAACUACUGAAAUAUAAAGAUUUUCCUAAAAUAUUCAAAUAUUUUGCAGUGCAUCUCUACACGUAACAGAGCCACUGCUGGUCUGCUCGAGAACUCUGUCAUUAAAUAUUGUAUAUGUCGUCUUCCGUGUGAAUAUUACAUCACAUUCAUGAGCACAUCGGCUUGUUUUCGCUCCUUUUCUUAUUUAUUUUUUCGUACAGCAAUGCGUUUAAUUGCAUUGCAUUUUUCCUGAUAUUUUCAAAAACACAAAAAAGAAGAAAAAGAUGAAAAAAUAUCAAUUUAAAGAUGAUUAAACUAAAGUUAAACAUGCAUCAUAAGCUGCUGUCACGCAUGAGUUGUGUUAGGAAAAUUACAGCCACACAACUGUUGACAUAUAAUGAGAAGUCAGGACAUUUUCUAGCUGGUAUUCCGAAAAAAAAGGGGGGGGGGCGGUUCUUGAGGUGCCAAUUGCAGUGAGCACAUAGCUGAAUGUAUAAAUGUGUACAGAUAUUAAAUAUGCUUAUUCAUGAAGUGGUAACUUUUAGCUGUGCUUUAGUUUAGAAUGGAUCACAUAAUGUUCUGGGAUUGGGAUUCUGGUGAUUAUGUAACCGUACGGACGCUCACCGUCCUCCUUCUAAGCCGUGGGCCUCAUAAAGGCACACCUUUUGUGGAAUGUGAUUUUUCUUUUUCUUGGCUUCCGUCAGUUCACGUCUCCUUGGUGUGCAAGUACAACUUCUUGGUAGCCAUCUUAGUGGUGCUUGUGCUUUAUUGAGAUGUUCUGUAACUCAAUCAAUAAGACUCUCUAUCAUAUGAGCUAUGAUAACUAUUUUCUUGUAAACCACACAAUGUUGUAAAAAUACUUUGUUUCUCUGUCACAUGACUUGAUGGUGGGAUUGAAGUGAAAUAAUAAGUCCCAAAAUGAUGCUGAAUGUAUGUAGUGCCACCGACAAAAUGUUUACCAAACCUCCACUCUUUUCAUUCAUUAAACUUCGAUGUGUGUGAUUUUAUCAA